UGGUCGGAGCCGGAGCAGCGCCGGAGGGAGCAGCCGAGGCCUUGUGAUGGCAAAGAGGUUCUUGAAGCUGAGAACAGUGGCUACCACAGCGCUGGCUGCCUCGGGUCUCUAUGUGGCCUUACGGGUGGAUCCCAAUGACUUGGGAGUCGUCAGAAUUGGACGCGCUGCAAUCACUACGGCAGUUAUCAGCUACGACUACAUGACUUCGCUGAAGAAGCUUCAGCGGGGGACAGACGAAUACGAGGCUGUCAAAUCGCAGGUACACCUUCGCUCUGCCAAUCUGCUCCUAGACCUGUGCUGCGCCAACAGAGGCACCUUCAUCAAAGUGGGCCAACAUCUUGGUGCCUUGGACUAUCUUUUGCCCCAGGAGUACACCAGCACCCUCAAGGUCCUGCACAGCCAAGCACCUCAGAGCAACCUAUGGGAGAUUGAGCAAGUGAUUCGAGAAGACCUGGGCAAGGAGAUUCCUGAGCUCUUCUCCAGCUUCGAAGAAAACCCGCUAGGGGCCGCCUCCUUGGCUCAAGUCCACAAGGCAGUGCUACAUGAUGGGAGGACGGUGGCGGUCAAGGUUCAACAUCCAAAAGUACAGGGUCAGAGUGAAAAGGACAUCAUGGUGAUGGAGGUGCUGGUGCGGGCAGUGAGGUGGCUGUUUCCUGACUUCAGCUUCACGUGGCUGGUGGAUGAAGCUAAGAAGAACUUGCCUCUGGAGCUGGACUUCCUGAACGAGGGCAGGAACGCCGAGCAAGUGGCUGACAUGCUCAAACACUUCCCCUUCCUGAAGGUCCCUAAAAUUCAUUGGGAGUUUUCAACCAAACGUAUCCUGACCAUGGAGUUUGUGGAAGGCGGGCAGGUCAACGACAAGGAUUACAUGGAGAAAAAUGACAUUGAUGUGAAUGAGAUCUCCCGGAACCUGGGCAAGAUGUACAGUGAAAUGAUCUUUGUCAAUGGCUUUGUGCAUUGUGACCCACACCCGGGCAACGUGCUGGUGAGAAAGAGCAGGGCAACCAAGAGAUCCCAAAUUGUGCUUUUGGACCAUGGAUUAUAUCAGACUCUGGAAGAGGAAUUUCGCCUGAACUAUUGCCACCUGUGGCGUUCCCUGAUUCAAGCUGAUAUGAAAAAGAUUGAGAAGUACAGCCGGGAUCUGGGAGCCGGAGACCUGUUUCCCCUCUUCGCCUGCAUGGUGUCUGCCAGGUCCUGGAGCUCCAUAACCAAAGGUAUCGACCAGAUACCUGUGACCAAGAAAGAGGACGCCGAGAUCCGGAUCAAUGCAGCCAUGUACCUGCCUCGCAUCAGUGAACUGCUGAACAACGUCCCUCGCCAAAUGCUGCUGCUCCUGAAAACCAAUGACCUCCUGCGAGGGAUCGAGACCGCUCUGCAGACCAGAGCCAGCGCCACCUCCUUCAUCAACAUGUCCCGCUCCUGCCUCAGGGCUCUGUGCCGGUAUGAGAGAGAGCAGGCCCCCUCCUUCUACAGACGGCUGCAGAUCUCUGUGGGAGAGACUCUGCUACUUUGGCAAAUCAGCCUCCACGAGAGCUACCUGUGGUUUCGGGCUACGUGGCUGGGAACGCUCCUCCUCCAGGUUCUGGGCUAUCCCCGUGCUCUCCAGUGAGCAACGCACCUCACUCCAGGAAAACAACCUAACAAUCUAUACAGACUGGCCCUGCCCUCCCUGCCCAGCCCUGCCUGCUGACUGGAGCUCUGUGUAUAGGGACCGUAUGGGUGAGCGUACACCUACUUUGUGUUCACCGUCCAGGCUGACGCUCCAUUGCAGCGUUGGGAGGAGGGAGUGCUAUGUUGUCGGAGGUGUGUGCUAACCUGCUGCCAUGUUCGCCUAAAAACACAGCAGUCACUACACUCUCCCCCAGCACUGCACUGAAGCCUCGGGCUGACCUCGACAAUGGUUUCAAGCCACAACUUUCUGACCCAGAGGCCAGGGAACCACCAACUGAGCCAGUAG